AUGCCUACUAAUUCUGCCGCGGAUACGAUCCGUAUCAUGGUUUCAACUGACAACCAUGUUGGAUAUGGAGAACGCGACCCAACUCGUGGAAACGAUUCCUGGGAAACUUUCGACGAGAUCAUGACACUAGCACGAGAACGGGAUGUCGAUAUGGUGCUCUUGGCCGGUGACUUGUUUCACGACAACAAACCAUCUCGCAAGGCCAUGUAUCAUGUCAUGUCAUCCCUUCGCAAGAACUGUUUCGGUGAGAAACCAUGCGAGCUCGAAAUGCUCAGCGAUGCCUCGGAAGCCUUUCAGGGCGCCUUCAACCAUGUCAACUAUGAAGAUCCAGACAUCAACGUCGCUAUCCCAGUGUUCUCAAUUCACGGAAACCAUGAUGACCCUACUGGAGACGGCCAUUUGGCAUCCUUAGAUCUGCUGCAGAUGGCUGGAAUGGUGAACUACUACGGCCGCACUCCUGAAUCUGACAACAUCAUCAUCAAGCCUGUGCUACUACAGAAAGGUCGAACCAAGCUCGCACUUUACGGCAUGAGCAAUGUUCGCGACGAGCGAAUGUUCCGCACCUUCAGAGAUCAAAAAGUCAAGUUCUACCAACCCGGCACACAGACAGGAGAUUGGUUCAACCUCAUGAGCGUCCACCAAAAUCACCACGCAUACACUGAAACUGGCUAUCUUCCUGAGAACUUCCUUCCUUCUUUCAUGGACCUAAUCAUCUGGGGACAUGAGCACGAAUGUCUCAUCAAUCCUCGAUACAAUCCUGAGCAGACAUUCCAUGUCAUGCAACCUGGUUCAUCAGUCGCCACUUCUCUUAUGCCGGGUGAAGCUGUGCCGAAACAUGUCGCAAUUCUCAGUAUCACGGGCAAAGAGUUUAAGUGUGAACCAAUUCGCCUAAAGACUGUCCGGCCUUUCGUGAUGAGGGAAAUUUCUCUUCAGGACGACGCCCACAUGAGGAAGGUUGCCAUGAAAGACGACAAUCGCGCAGAGAUUACUCGAUAUCUGACAACAGUAGUUGAAGACAUGAUUAGAGAAGCUCGUCAAGCCUGGCGCGAGGCUCAGGAAGGAGACAUUGACGAGAACCAGAAGCCUGAAUUACCUUUGAUCCGUCUUCGCGUAGAAUAUUCUGCUCCUGAAGGAGGACGCUUCGACUGCGAGAACCCCCAACGCUUUUCCAACCGCUUUUUGGACAAGGUGGCAAACGUCAACGAUGUAGUCCAAUUCCACCGCAAGAAGACUGGCACUAGCAGAAAGAAAGAGCAGCCCGAUAUGCCUGAAGAAGCCGUUCUGCAACAGCUCACCCUCGACACUGUCAAAGUGGAGAAGCUUGUCAAGGAGUUCCUCACAGCCCAGUCUCUUACAAUCCUUCCUCAGAAUUCGUUCGGUGACGCUGUCAGUCAAUUCGUCAACAAGGAUGACAAGCACGCUAUGGAAGCAUUUGUGAAUGAAAGUCUUGCAAGUCAGUUGAAACAUCUUCUGAGUGGCGAGAGCGUAGAAGACGAGGAUAUGACAGAAGCCAUGGAGUGUUACAAGGCCAAGCUAGAAGAAAUGUGGGCUCAAGGCACUCUGAAGCGUACAGUCAGAAAGGACAAGCUGAAGCCCAAGCCAGCGAACUGGGAUUCGGACCUGGAUGGAGACUGGGCAGCGCAACCAGGUGCACUAGUUCGUUCCGAGGAUGAAGCAUUGGACGAGGAAGAAACAGCUCAGCCAAAAGCCAAAGCCACUCGCGGUAGAGGAGGCAAGGCUACCGGAACCACACGCAAGUCAGCUGCGGCUACGAAGAAAGCAGCACCUGCCAAAAAGACAACAACUCGCUCAAGAAAAGCUCCAAUCGAAGAGGAGUCGGAAGACGAGGAAGAAGAUGAUGAUGAUGUGAUCAUGCUCGAUGACGAUGACGAGGACGAGAUUCCUGACGUGAACGAUGACGAGGAUGAUGAGGAUGACUUGUUUGUCAAGCAAGCGCCCAAGAAGAGAGCACCCGCAAAGACUGCGAGCAAGUCCACUUCGAAGCGUGCUGCUUCACCACCAAAACGCAAGGCACCUGCUCGUAGCACAGCAGCAAAGGCCACUGCAUCCAGACAGACGACCCUGAAUUUCUCUCAGACUCCUGCGCCAUCGCAAACACGUACUACUGCAUCUCGUGCUGGACGCAGAACCGCAGCCCCUAGUGAGGAUGAGAUUUCUGACGAUGACGACGAUGCUUUCGAACCUCCACCCACAGCAUCUCGUCCCGCCGCACGUCGCAAAUUCUGA